UUUACUGAGCUGUCAAACACCAUCCCGGUAGUCUUUUUCUUCUGCAUUGUAACAGCCACUUAUAUUUCAAUGAUAAGCUCUAUUUUAGUAUCGAAUAAUAUACGAGCUAACAAGUCAUUUUAGCCGAGCAGAGUAGAGUAUUCCUCGUUUGGGUCCAUGACUGUAACGUCACACACUUCAACUCACCGCACUGUUUUCAAUGUCGUCCAAACCCGAGGAACCAGUCAGCACUCACCAAUUUGAGUGUUAAUGUCUUGUUCUGGCAUCAUGCCUCUUCUUUACACGGUGUAAUGCUGCCCCCUCCUGGUCAGCCUGCAGAAGACAGCUGGAGCCUGAACUAUGUGACUGGGAACCUGUUCUCCUGCCCUGAAGACGAGGCUUUGGCACACUGCAUCAGCGAGGACUGCCGCAUGGGGGCAGGCAUAGCAGUGAUGUUCAAGCAAAAGUUCAAAGGGAUAGGGGAGUUAAAGGAGCAGAAAAAGACCGUGGGACAGUGUGCUGUACUGAAACGAGACAGACGUUUCGUCUAUUAUCUGAUAACAAAGAAGAAGGCAAGCCAGAAACCAACCUAUGACAGCCUGAGACAGAGCCUGGAGGACAUGAAGUCACACUGUGUACUGAACGGAGUAACAAGAAUAUCAAUGCCUCGUAUCGGUUGUGGCCUGGAUCGACUGGCGUGGGACAAAGUGUCAGAGAUACUGGAACAGGUCUUCGAAGGCACAGACAUCUCCAUCACAGUCUACAGCCUUCCUGAGAAAGCAGAGACCAAAGUGAUGAAGGAACACGCGCACAGAUGACUAAUACUAGUUAAUGCACUUUUCUGUCUUUUCACAAAACAUGACAAUGAUGAUAACCUUUUUUUCAAUGAUAAAAACAUGUUGUGUUUUUACAUUACACUGAAAUAAAUGUCCCUUUUUU